AUGGCCGCCCUGGGCCGGCCCUUCCCGGGGCUGCCCCUCAGCCUGCAGGCGCCUCCGCAGCCCUCCUACCACGGCCGUCCCUUCCAGGGGCCGGGAGCCCCCGGCCCCGCCGCCCCCGGCCCCGCCGUCCCCGGCCUGGCCGGCCUGCGGAGCCCCGCGCCCCGAGGCCGACUUUCAGUUCGCUAUAGAAAGAAACACAAGCGAGAAGAGGAAGAUGAUAGUUGUCCCCUAAGGAAGAAAAGGCUGACAGAAGCGGUGCUCUGUGCCAGUCCGGGUGAUUGGCUCCUGUGUGCUCCUCAGGGCACAGAGGGGCCGGGGGCCAGCGAGUGCCGAGGCGGCCUCUCUGCAUCGGGCAUGUACGAUGUUCUCUGUGAAGAAAUGGAUCACACAACUGGGGAGCAGCAGUGUGAGGCUGCCCGGAGGAAGCUUCAGGAGAUCGAAGACAGGAUAAUUGAUGAAGAUGAAGAAGUCGAAGCUGACAGACGCAUCAGCCACCUGCCCAGUCUUGUUCUAUCGGAUACUCUGAAGACAGGCCUGAAGAGUGGGUUUGAUGAAGUCCUUACAAAGAAAAUAAUCGAGUCCAUGAGCCGUCCUUCCAUGGAGUUGGUGCUCUGGAAACCUCUCCCAGAACUCCUUCCUGAGAAGCCAAAGCCUUUACCUCGUGCUCAGAACUACGAAGAAGAGCCUGGAGGGGACCAGAGCAAGCACGCGGGAGCUGGCGCUGCCUUCCGCCAACAGACUGAGCUCUUCUCUGAGCCCCGACAAGUCGGCAUCCCUGUCUACAGUGGCCUGGACACGGCCAGCUACACAGAGGAGGAGAUGGAACUUUAGGGCACCACUUUACAACUUGGGUCAAAUUCUCGAAGGACUUAAAAGUUGUAUCAAAUGUGGGGUAUAAUGUUUCUACCUGUGAUUUAUAAAAAAAAAAAAAUCUUGAUUUGGGCAGCUUCUUACCGGAUUCAGCAUCUUACCAAGGAAGCUUCAGUCUUCUAGGAGGCUAAUUGGGAAUGUCAAAUCACUGCCUGUGGGAAGGAGGUCGAGUUGGAUGUCAGGGUGUCCGGGUCACCCAUCCUAUCAUCUUCUGAGCAUUAAAAGACUUUGGGACGAUGUUCAGAAAACAGAUCAGGGGAGGAGGGUUUGGCUGUUAAGACACCGAUUCAGUCUUGGCAGAAAGGAGUGCAGUUUCCAUCCCUCUCUGUUGAAUUAGUGGAAAGAAGGUAAAUGUUGGUCUGAGCCUCUCGGUGAAGAGGACCACCAGGGGUGGGAGAGCUUGUGUGCUUGCUGCUCGCAGUCUGCUUACAGGAGUGCUCGGCCAUUUUAUUGGGGCUCCGCUUUUUGUCCCUGAAGAGCAGGGCAGGGCAGAGAAGGCCUUAGGAGGCUCAACACUUUGUGCUGCUAUCCUGCCUCGGUUUGCUGUAUCUAAUUGAUAAAGCGUGGUGUUUCAGUGAUGUUUCCAGCCUCCUUGGUGCUGGAUGGUAUAAGUGCUUUGAGUUGAACUUUGAUGAUUGAGAGUGUAGUUCGUGUAAAUGUGGCAAUAGAAUGACAUCCUUUAGGCAGCCCUGAGAAAGUGUUUUCAUUCCACAAAAUCCAGAGUUGAUGGCAUCUAAAGAAUGCCAUCUUCAGUUGCUUUAGCCAGAGGUAUCGAUAGAAAAGCCCAGGGAUGAGUGAUGUUCUCAGUUGGCAAAGGGCGUUUGUUGGGAUAUACAGAACUAGCCUGUUGGCUCGGUGCUCCACCUAUCACAGUAACCUCACACCUGAUAAUUGUCCUGCCAUUAGGGAACCAUCUGAGCUUCUGCAUCUGGAGACGUCGAGGGUCUGCUUCUUGGGAGGAGCUAGCCCAGGUAGCAGCUAACUUGAGAUGCUGUACGGAUUGGGUCUGCGGUCCCUUGGCCACCAGAAAAUCUCGUGCAAGGGUCUUUCUGUGCCACAGGUUGGGACUGACUAGGCAGAACCUCUUCCAGGUUCUCCCUUUGUAGCAGCCUGAUCAUUCAGAUAGGAAAACCCGCUUUGUGUCCAGUAGAGCGCGUUCUGGAACUUGGCUCCCUGGCCUGUUGAAGUUCUGGCCUUGGAGAAGGUCAGCCUGCCAUUGGGUCUGGUUCUGCUCUUGCCUCUGUUGCUUUGGCUUUCACAAUUUCUGCCUGUAUAGUCAGGAAAAGUAAAUGUAAUGUUUAAUAUUUAAACUAUUUAAUGUCUAUACAGGAAAAAGCUAUUCACAUUUCAAACCAGUGUUGAAGCCAGAUGGAAACCAGCUAAUCAUUUCUUAUUCUUGGACUUGGAGCUGAACGUAAAGUGUCCUUAGAAAUGUGCCCCUUCUGGCCCCUCUCUUGGGAGGCAUGGGAACUGGCCAACUCCAGCCUCAAUGUCAUUCUUUCCUGGGACCAAUUUGUAAACGUUGUAGCCAAAAAGACGGGUGGACUGCCAAGUAGUCUGGGGAGUAGCACGACGACGAACGGGGUGACUCCCCAGAAGUCGGGGUUAACUCCGGCGUGAGGGAGGGCAGAAGAUACGGCGAUGGCUCCUCCUCGUCGAGGCAGACAUGUGCUUGUGGGGGAUGAGAGGGGGUCUUACCUGGGGAGCCUCGGGGAACUUGGGGUCGGGGAUAGUUGUGACUCUCAGACCUGUUUAUUUCUGCAGAAAAGUAAGUACUUGAGGUUCCUUUUUGGGCUUUCAUCCUCUUGCUUAUAUCGAUAGCAGACCUUGUUCUUUCUUUCACCCCCUUUGGUGCUGACUCCUCUGAGCCAUCCCCCCAGCCCUUGUUUGGCCUCGGCUUUUUUUUUUCCUUUCGUAGCAUCAAGCUUCCGCUUUUUGAAAGGCCUUAGAGGUUUCUUGUAUAUUUUGAUUCAUCUGGAUCCUGCAGCACGGACCAGGAGUCGGUGAGUGUUGGGAUUGUGAGGGGACUUUUACCUGAAAAAGGGAUCUCUACCAAGCAAAGGUAGAUUUUCCUCAAGCUCGGAUGUAAGGUGAAGGGUUUUUGAUUACUACAAAACAAGUGAGGCCAUUCUCACAAAUUUGGUCGAUGACACGAAAGGAUCGCUUCCCAUCCUAAAAAGGAGGGGGAAGUGAGAGGCAUUACAGAUGAAUGAUGAUGCACAAGCUUCAUUUGUUCAUUGUUAAUAACUGGUGACAAGAACAGCACACUACCAGGGAGAUAUACUGGAAGUUGUCGGCCGUUUUAUUUCAAAUGGAAAUCUGGUCUGUCUGUGUGUCAUAGUUUUCAAUAAAUCUUAUGUGUUUUGGAUUCUUUAA